AUGUCAAAGGAUAUAGCCGAGCGGAGUCGACGUGUGGAGCUUACAUCAUACUUCGCUGACGAUGAGGAUGAUGACAAUAAGAAGGCAGAUGAAGAUGAAUUCAUGUCCACGGUUUCCCAUUUCUCGAACAACACGUUCCACACUGCGAUUUCUGGUUUCGGUGCACGGAAACAUGAUUCGCUCCAGGCUCUCCUCAAGAGAUGCAGCAGUUAUGAAGAGAUCCUCUUAAAAAAGGGUCUCUGGCCCAUUGACCCUUCGAGUGAGCAGAACUGGUCUGGUCGAGGCCAGCACGUAGAAUUCCAAAAACGAGAACGUAAGCUGGUGGGUGAAAUACUCGAAGUCCAGGACACUCUCGGAAGAGGAAGUUCGGCUAUCGUCGAAAGCGUUAAGUGCCAACGAAUCCUACUGGCUCGUAAGACUAUUUUCUGCAACCGUCAACUCACCAAGGACGAUGCGGUCAAUGAGGUUGCUCAUUUGACUCACCUCGAUCACGCACAUAUAGUGCGUGUGAUUGGUACCUAUACGUUAGAUAAGCAACUGUCUAUUUUAACGUAUCCCGUGGCGGAACAUAAUCUCGAGGAGUUUCUAUACGAGUUUUCUCGGACACCUCGUGGAGAUGUGCAGGUUAAGAUGUUCCACCAUAUUCGAUUAUUCCCACAUUGCCUUAGUAGUGCUCUACGUCACGUCCAUAAAAGCUUGGUCAAGCAUAUGGACAUCAAACCUCAAAACAUACUUGUCCGUCGGUCGUUCUCACCGCUUGUGGUCGCCCAAGAUCUGGGGUACAAAGCCCCGGAACUGAGUUACAAGGUGUAUUUAACAGAUUUUGGCAUAUCACGAUCGUAUCAACGAUCAGAGGAGGUGGAGACAAGCGGACCUACUAGCUUUACUCGAAAAUAUGCAGCACCUGAAGUUAUCGGGCAAGAGCCUAGAGGAUUUCCAGCCGAUGUCUUUUCUCUCGGCUGUGUAUUCCUGGAGAUUUACACGUUCGUGUGUAAUUACUUCGACCCAUCGGAAGGAGAAAGGUCCGCGUCAAGCGAACACCAAGGUCUCCUCAACGACAAUGCUACGAGUCUGCCGUAUUACUACGCCAAGAUAGGCCAGUUAAAAGAGUACGUUGGACCCAACCAACGGCCCUUCCCUGGAACAACACAGCUAAUAUUUGGACUCGUGUCACCCGGAGACACUGUGGAGAUUAUUGAGAUGAUGCUUAGCCCGGAUACCCAAGCACGACCAACAUCUCGACAGUUGGUUCAUCAUUUCAGAGAAUUCUUGUGCUGUAAAUCAGGAGCGGAGUCUCUCGAAGCCAUGAAUAUCUCAGAUGACUCUGUACAACAUACGAGUAAGAAAUGA